GGGAAAACAAAAAUUUCAAUAUUUUAUUAAAGCUGGACGACUUAUCUGUAAGUCGUCCAGGAAAAGUCAAAUAUCUGACACUAAAUGCAAAUCAAAAACUAAAUGCUAUCGUAUAUGAAAAAAUAUAUUAAAAAUAACUUAAGUAUUAAUCGAAACCGAGACUUCAUUCUCUUCACUUCACUCUCUUCACAUUCCUCAAAAUCAAAACCGACUCAUCGAAGUUCUUCAGAGUUCUCUCGAGUCAAAGCUUCAAUUGGUAUGAGUUUCGAUUUGAUUCUGAGUUUAGAAUAGAGACUGGUUCUCUCGAGUCGAAUCUCUUUGAUUUUGGGUUUCUCUUUGAUUCAAAUCUCUUUUCACAUGCAUGUCCGCGUUAACACAUGAUUCGAUUUUGAUUGUGGGUUUCGAUUAGGUUUUGAAUAUGAUUGUGGGUUUCGAUUAGGUUUUGAAUAUGAUUGUGGGUUUCAGUUUGAUUUUGAAUAUGAUUGAAGGUUUCGAUUUGAUUUUGGGUUUAGAUUUUUUGAUCGAAUGGCUUGAUUUGAUUUUGGAUUUGUUUAUCAGUUUCAGAAAUGGCAAAGACAAGAGGACAAGUUGGUUCUCGUCGGAGUAAACGUAAUCAAGGCUUGGAGGUAGUAGAUCAAGAGGACAAGGCACCGCAACUAAAAGUGAAGAAAAGAACAGCAAAGAAAACGGCUUCCCCUAAAAAGAAUUUAGUUUUAACGCCAACGAGAAGAAGUAGUAGAAUCAAGAAAGUGGCUGCUGAAGAUGAUUACAUAGAAGAUGUAACACCAUCUGACGAUGAUGAGGUAGAAGAUGUUACACCUCCUAAGGAUGAUGAAGUACAAGAUGUAACACCUGCUCAGGAUGAUGAAGUAGAAGAUGUAACACCCGAAGAUAAGGAUGAUCAGGCUGAGAAGUCAAUGUCUGAAGAAGAUAAAGACGAUGAAGAGGAUGUCAAUGGGAAAGAGGAUGAAGAAGAUGGCGAUGUCAAUGGGAAAGAGAAUGAAGAAGAUGGAGAUCUCAAUGGGAAAGAGAAUGAAGAAGAACCGGCCAAUAUGGAAGAUGAUGGAGUUCUUAAUGAGAAAGGGAACGAAGAGGAAGCUUGCGAAGAAGAAGCUCGCGAUAUGGAAGAAGAUGGCACUGCGCAAGAUGAUGAGAUUCCUAGUACUGAAGGAGUUGAGCUAGCAGGGGAGGAAGUUUCAAAAAAAAAAUAAAAGAGGACCUACAAAGUUGCGUAGAGUGGCUGAAAAUCCCAAUGAUAAGAUUAUGGUCACAUUCAAUGACAUUGGUGAGCAUGUUGGACCUGGUUCAGUAACCCUAUCGUCGUUUCUUGGUCCUCUUGUGAGGGAACAUGUUCCGGUUACACUUGCCGAUUGGAGAAAACUUGAUGCAGCGACUAAAGCAACAAUGUGGGAAGAAAUUCAGGGGAGGUUUAACUUGCAAGAAGAGUGGCAGAAAGCUGUUAUUUUCAAGCAGCUGGGAAAUGUGUGGAGGGCUGGGAAGUCAAGGCUGGUGUCACAAGUACGUGUGGCGAAGACUGCAGCUGAGAGAAUAGCUUUAAAACCGAGCAACAUCCCAUCCCUUCAACUGUGGAACACUUGGGUUAAGAGUAAGACUACCAAAUCUUUCACAGAAACGAGUAACAAGUACAGAGCGAUGAGAAGAAAUCAGAUUCCUCACACCACCAGCCGCAAAGGAAUGCUUCGUUUAGCUGAUGAUAUGGUAAAAGAGUAGUCAAACAUCUACAUAUUGUAGAUCAGCUUGUUAGAUUAAAAUGGUAGUGAGAUAUGUUUGUUUUCAUAUAGAAAAAAAAGAGUAAAGACCCAAGUAAGGUGAGUAGAUCCAAGGUUUGGAUUGCGGGACACACUCAUGCUGAUGGCAGACCUGUGAAGCCCCAGUUUGCUGAGACUAUUGUAAGCAUUAUGGAAGUUGUAUAUUGUGUAUAGUUAAUAGACUAUGGCAAUGAAUGAUUUUGUGUUUAAAUGAUUGUAUCAGGAACAAAUACAGUCACUUGACAGUCGGAUGGACUCCACAUCAGCUGCUGAUAACAUAAGGGAAGAUGCUGUGAGCAAGGUUUUGGGAAAAGACAAACCUGGACGAGUAAGGGGCUUUGGUAGAGGGAUUACAGCUAAUAAGCUAGCAUAUCUGCAAUUUAGAGACGCUAAGAUUGCAGAAAUGAAAAGUGAGAUUGAAGAGUUAAAGGGGAUGGUGCGAGAAUUAGCUGAGAAGAAGAAAAGUAAUGUUGAUGCUGAAACAUCUGAGAGUAGUGGUGGAUUCAAAGAAGGAGUCAGAGUACAAAUACUGGAUUGGAUUGAAUCAGAGGAUGUUGUUGUUGGUGAAGGAGAAUUCUGCUCUGCUGAACCGAAGUACAAAAUUGGUCGUAUACCAAUUGGUCCUAAUGCAGUGGCUAUCGUAGUUAAGUAUGCACUAAGCGCAUCAGCUUCACUCUGGAGGCCUACUACGGAUGUGUUAACUCUUGAUGAAGCUGUGGGAUACAAGAUAUCUUGGCCAAUGGAUAAAGUGAUUUUGGAUAAGGAUCCAAACUGUUCUGAAGAUUUAUCUAUGCAAAGCAAGGAAGGUGAAUAUCGAAGAUGCAAGAUAUAUGAUUGGACCAAUGAUGAGGACGAGGUCAUUGCUGAAGGUCUCGUGUGCUCUUCAAAAUCCAAAGACAUGGUUAACAACAUACCUCUGGGUCCCAAUGCUGUUAGUGUCGAAGUAGUGAAGGUGUUCAAUGAUCAAGCAUAUUUGUGGAGGCCAACCGCUGAUAUGUUCUUGAUUGGUGAUGCACUUAGCGAGAAAAUAGCAUGGCCAGUCCUAAAGGUUGAAGUCAUGCCUACACCUGCUACAGAAGUAACACCAACUAAAUGUGCAGGGAAGAAAAUAGCAUCACCUUCGAAGCCAGCCAAGAAAAAAGCAGUGAGUCCAGGCAGCACUAGUUCGACCAGAAGUCCGAAGCAGAAGUGCACUCUCUUGGAUUGCAACAACUCUGGACGUAAGGUAGCUGAAGGAAGGGUAGCUUCAACGGAUCCGAAUGAGUUGUGCCACUUUGUACCCCUAGGUCCAAAUGCAAGCAAGGUGUGGAUUGAUGUGGCUAAGAUCGGUGAUGCAAAAGUCUGGAGGCCAAAUUCAGAGAUUGAAUACAUAUCUGAUGCAAUGGGUUCGGUUGUGGCAUGGCCAAAUGACAAAAUCAAGUUUGUCUAAAAUUGUCGUCUGAAACAUUUUUCAAGUUGGUUCUCAUCGGCUAUGUAUUUCUAGUGUGUGAUCGAAUGUUUAGGUACUUUUUUACUCGGUUGAAAUCAUGUAUGCUAUUAUGUAACAGUUAGCAGACAAAAAACAAAAAUUAUGUGUUAUAUUAUGAUAUAAGGUUAUGUGUGAAAAUGUUUAGCUUGUUAACCCCUAUACCCUUAAGUGCAUAAUUUUACAUUAAACCAU